AUGGAUGAGCUUGUGCUGCCCCAACAAGAUGCUUCCUGCAAGCAGUGCAUACCAUGCCAGCAGAGGUACGCAGGAACCACUGGUGAUGGCCUAAAUGCUAACAUUACUCUAGUCAAACUUCUUGGCGUUGAACUGGAUAUACCUCGCCAAAUGAAAACUAUGUUCCCACAUCCCUGCACCUGCAGCCCAACUACCAAUGUGUUUGGAUGCCUGCCACAUGGUGAAGCUGAUGAGAAAUCUCUUGGCUUCAAGGAAAGUUCUGCAGGACGGAGAAAUCGACUCGUCCACUCAGUCAAAGAAGAAGAAAUUGUGUACCUUCGCACAGCAAGCCAGGGGGUCAUAAGCAAUGAUUUUGUUGGUCUCGCUGGUUUAGAGAAGGCUGAUGCACAGAACAUCUGCAGUGGGGUUCUGAAAUGCUGCCAAGACCAUCUAAGCUUAGGUGAACAUGAGUUGAUGUCCAAGAUGGUUGGAUUUGAAAGUGACGGUGCCAGUGUCAUGCUUGGAUGUAACAGUGGUGUGUCAACCCUUCUAAAACAAAAGCAAAGGGCCAUACUAGAGUAUGACUCUGACAUUCUUCAGUCAGUACACUGCUUCAACCAUCGUCUGGAGUUGGGCUACAAGGACACACUCAAGAAGGUAGCGUACCAGGAGAAAGUCUACCACUACAGUCAUUUGAACCGGAGUAUGUUGAAGAGAAGCUGUGAUUCCUUGGGUGUUAAAUUCCUGGCUCCUUCAAAAGCUGGUAGCACACGCUGGUUGCCACACAUGCAACGGGCACUUGACAACCUGUGGGUGACAUACCCAGCCAUUGUCCAGCACUGUCAGCAGCUUCAAAAUGCAAGUGAUGUUGGUGACAAGGUGAAAGAAGAAACAAAGGCCAAGGCAAAGGGCUUCUUGGAUUUGAUGUUGACAAAGCGUUUUGUGUUGUUUUGUCACUUCUUGACAGAUGUUGUUUUAACACUGAGCAAACUGUCGCUUAAAUUUCAGAGUUCUGAAAUGUACUCAGCAGCUUCCAUGAAGGACGAAGUGGAACUAGUUAUCAGCUAUCUUGAUGCAUAUAGACCCAAUCCUGGGCCAUAG